AUGUCAUUCAAAGCAUAUAGAUUAAAAAGAAAAUUAUAUCUCAGGGAAGAACCAAAAAUACUUGGAUUUUACGUGCGUACAAGUUUGAAAUUCACGUCUCUUAAUUUAGUUAAAGCGAGGACUAAGUUUAAAAUAUUUGAAGUUGAUGCAGCUGUUUCUGAACAAAUGAGGUCUGAUGAAUUGGAAAAAAAUAUGAAUUGCUAA